AUGAGAACAUAUGAUCUUGAAAAAGAGAUACGUUGCAUCUUACAAGACUUAUCCAAGAUACGAGAUUAUAAUACUAAGUUGCAGAACGAAUACAUGAAGAUCAAUGAUGAGGCCAGACGGUUGAAGGUUGAAAAUUCUAAACUUUUUUCCCAAUAUGCUUGCGCAGAGACUUCUCUCGCCAAAUAUAAAGCUGAAUGUUAUGCAAAAUCGGAGGAAGUGAAAUCGCUUCAAUCUGUGAUUAAUUCAUUACCUCCGAGAUACUUUGAUAAGAAUAAUCAGCCAGAUGGUCUCGAGAGGACCGAUUCAUAUAUAAAAAGUGGUGGCGAAAAAAAUAAUGAGCCAGAGAGCUCUAGCGCUUCUUCAGAACAAAUCAUACCCGCUACUAUUUCUAAAGAAAAGAUUUUAUUAAGUGGUGCAGGAAACUCUAUUAAUAUAGACAAAUUACUAUCAUCAGUGCUCACCUGCUUGAUAUUGCUUUUUCUAUUAAUCGUAAUUAUAUGGUUAGUCAUUGUGAAAAAGCUACGAAAUUUGGAGAGCAUCAUGCUAAAAGAAAAAGUCAAAUAUCCCGCCCACAAAAAAUAUAUAAAUAGAGAAGAG